AUGGCCCGUCUCAACCUCGCCAGCCCCGUCAAGGGCGACACCGCCCAGAAGAAGCCCAAGAACUACCGCAAGAUCGGCCUGAAGACGCCACUGCAACGGCGAUUCCGCGAUGCCUCGCCUGGCUCAUCCCCCGAAGACGACAACGCCUCCCGGUCCACCAGCCGAGCGCCCCGGACGACCGACAUGCUCUCGCAGGUGAAGAGCCGCUCGCAGCGCACGGGGAAGAAGCCCGCCGGCGGGAUCUUCGACAUUUUCUCCGACAGUGACGGGGCCAGUGAUCGCGAACAGCAGAAGAAGACUAGAAAGCACACCGGAACGUCAUCCCGUGCGGCCGCCGAGAAGAGCGCGCUCAAGCUGGCGCCUGUCAACUCCAUGCUGCUCGCGCCGUUGCAGCAGCAGUCGCGGGGAAGACAGGCGCGCAAGUCCGAGACGUACGACUACAGCAAGGAAAACGACCCCACAGAGCACCAGCAGGAUGACGAUGAAUAUCACUCUUCUAUCAGUCGGAAUCCGUCGGACGCUUCCUCGCGUCGGUCGCCUACCAGACGGACUAUGCGUCAGGAUCCUGCGGGAAAUGCGAACGAGGACCGCCGCAGCUUGUUCCUCAACUACCGGCAGCCGGAGAUCCACCUGGACGACGGGGAGAGUGAGGACAAUGGCUUUGAUUCUAUGGACGACUUCAUUGUCAGCGACAAUGAGGAUCCUGACUGUGAGACAUCUGGCGACGAGCGGGCAGAAGACGAAGAUGUCACCAUAAAGAACCUGCCUCCACCUAAACCCAAGAAGCGACUGAUAAAGGGAAGACGACCAAGCCCAGAGGAGGAGUUAAAGAAGGCGUUACAGAGUUCAUCACAAAAGGGCACCUUCAUUCUGGAGCCGUCUUUGCCGGCAGAGAUCGUCAAGCUGUCUCCGGAGAAACCCAGACGAUUCUUUCAGAACAGGAACAACAUGCCGGAAAAGCAGGACACGCAGGACAGAGACAUUAUUCCGGAAAAGACGGACAACCAGAGGCUAGAUGUCCACAUUGACAGCGACGACCCCUCUUCACAGCUCCAGCAGGACCUGUUUGAUGCAAUCACCAAGUUCAACGCCCUCUCCACAGAACCACAAGAGCCGACUCUGGAGACACCACCGUCCAGUCCCUCUGGCAACAAACUCCGCUCCCCCACCAGACCCAAAAUUCACAUCCCUCCAACACCAUACCGCGAAAGCGUGGACGCCUUCUGGAGCCAGGAGGCUACCACGGAGUGGAUUGAUCAGCAUUCUCCCCACAAACUCGACCAGUUCUUGAAGGACUUUGCAGAGGAUUCUGACGACAAGGAAGCUGAUAGAGACCUCAUGCCUCGCCAUCAGGUGACCAAGAAGGGGCCCAAGGGCCCCAGCAAGACGGCGUUGAAGAAGGCCGAGGCCGAGCAGCGCAAGGCCAUGAUGGCCCGGCGUAAGUCGUUUGACGGCAAGAAGGCAGCCCUUGCAGAGGACUUCUUCAAGACCCUGGACGACGCGGUCACGGGUGGCAGGAUCCAGCAGCUCGCAGAGGAAACGGGCGGUGUCCAGAUCACAUGGAGCAAGACCCUUCAGACCACGGCUGGACGGGCUAGCUGGAAGCGCGAAAAGCAGGCCAAGGCCGAAGAUACCCCCAGCACGUCCAGGCACCAUGCCACGAUCGAGCUGGCCGAGCGGAUUAUUGACAGCGAGGACCGCUUGCUCAACACCCUCGCCCACGAGUACUGCCACCUGGCGAACUUUAUGAUCUCCAACAUCCACAACAACCCGCACGGAGCUAGCUUCAAGCUCUGGGGCUACAAGUGCAAGGAAGCCCUAAAGAGCCAUCCAGUUUACAGCGGACGGGUCGAGGUCACCACCAAGCACAGCUACAAGAUCGACUACAAGUAUGUGUGGUGCUGCGUGGACUGCGGCCAGAACUACGGACGACACUCGAAGAGCAUCGAUACGAGCCGGGCGCGCUGCGGCAAGUGCCAGGGUCUGUUGCAGCAGAUCAAGCCGAAGCCACGAAAUGUGUCGCCCAGGAAGAAGCAGUCGCCGCAGCCGCAGCCUGCUGUGGAUGAUGUGGUCGAGGUGCUGGGGGCUGUUUCUUUGGGAUGA